ACCGUUGAAACUUUUGACAACUCCCAACUCUUUACACUGUUACUGCUGCUCUCUCUCCAACGGUCUCAUUCUUCUUAUUCCCCAAAACUCCGCUCUCCAAAGACCCGAUCUUUUUUUUCUUCUUCUGCGAUUUCUCUUUCCAAAUGGGCACCAAAGAACGCCCGGACUCCACCUCUCAGCGCCAGAAUUGGCAGAACAUAUUCAACGCUGUGGUGCAGUUGCUGCGGUCCCAGCAAUCGAAGCUCGAGACAAUGACCGCCGACAGAAAAGUCUUCGAAGAUCGCGUCAGAGUGCAAGAAGAGAAGUGGGUCUCCGCAUUUCAUCUCUUGGGAGAUCAAAUCCGCCAGAUGAAGGUGAAUUUGGAAUUGAAAGAGAUGGAAGGCUCCGUUGAGGCGGCCAAGUUAGGGUGGGCGCUUAGUAUGAAGCAACAAGAGGCUUACACCACCAAACUCAAGUUAGAAUACUCGGACAGUGAGUUAGAAGGUUUCAAAGCAUGGUUUGACCUGCACUCCAACAAUUACACCACCUUAAAGCAGCAAUGUGAUAAGCUUGCUUCCGAAAAGAGCUUCGCGUGGCAUCAGUACGGCCUUAUGGAAAACGAUUUCAAAAUUAAACUGAAGAGCAAGAAUUCUGAACUCGAGCAGGCGAAUGCAAAGAUACAAACUCUUCUUGCUAGUAUGGAGCAGUUACAGUCCUCAAAUAAUGAAAAGGAUGACAAGAUUGGAAUAUUAACAAGUAAAGUUGCUACGAUGGAGACCGAUUCAAACAAGUUGAAGGAAGAAAUUUCGAAACUUUCAAAGGACUUGGAUUUGUUAAGAAAUGCAGCAAGUACUUCGUCUACUCCUGUUUUGAACCGUUGCACAACAAGAGCUAGAGGCAAGAGUAGUGCUAAGGAUAAAAUUAACGUGACUGUGAAGAAAGAUUUGUCGGCUGCUCAACUUACUCAAUCUACAAAGGAGACCAAAAAGGGGAACGGCAGUUCGAAGAGAAAAGCAGAUGAUGGUGUAACCAUUUCUGAGACUCCGAAGUUGUUCUCAUCUAGAUUUAAAGUACCCAAACUGAAGAACGGAUCAUGAUGAUUGUCUCCGCAUCGCUUCCGGCAGGCUGGAAAGUGGGAAGAAGUGUUUGUCAAGCAUCUCGACAGUUUUUAGCAUUUGGGCCUGUAGCAUGGUUCUAGGCAUCUAUAUAUGGAAAGCUCAAACGUGAAACAAUUGUAUUUCAGAAAGGGAUUUGUUUACAAGAUGAAACCGGCUAGCUCUCUUGCUGCACAAUGCUUUGUUACACAAUGAUGAUGCAUGGAGUCUCAAAGCGGUAACCUACAUAAUCUUAACUAAUGAUAAGAACCCCAGUGAGGCCGUCACCUGGACUGCAGAUAAGACCGACAAGACACCAAGACCAGCAACAGCCCAAGAAACAAAGCCACGCCCCAUGGGGAUGCUCCUCCACCUUCAGCUGCCUUAUCAGCCACCUCUUCCUUUGUCCUCGCUGGAAGGUUCCCGUAUCUGUAGCAAAUAGUUAGCAACAACGAUCAACAACAAGGGCACAAACAAGAGAAAUAUGUUGAAGCCGAAUUGAGUUCUCUCCAUCUGCGACUUGUAGCUGGUGUAAGAUGAAAAUAUUAAUAAAGCAACUACGAUGCCAACUAGCAGUCACUAAAAACGACGGCGGCGCAGAGACGGAGGCUAGGCUCUCCUCCAUCCACCCCUUCCUUUUCUCUCACUCAAUAACCAGCCCAUCUCUCUCUCUAGCAAAGGUUUUCCUUUCUCUCUUGUGUGAUUGAGCUGAAGGACGAGGAUGUUAUUAUAUAAGCCAAGUCACUGUAGGAUGUUUCCAACUAAUAUAAUACAAUAAUAUUACGUGUA